UUUUAUGGACCAAACUAGUAGGCAAUUAAUCGAUUAUAAAAAUAACUGCUAGUCGCAGCUCUACUUUGAUCAGUUUGAUCUGAAUUGUAGAUUUUACUGAAGAUCAGUUGGUAAUCGACAGGCUCAUGCAUGUCUCAGUGCUGCCACCAUGUGGCAGGGAACAGCGCUCACUUGCUGGUGUCACUGUUGUCGUUGCUGCAGUGAAACCGAGGUGUCCUCAUGUGCGGAAUGUCACGUUCAAUCCCGAGUCCAACCUGGUGGUCAUCCACAUCUACACGCCGCACGUCAAGGACUACCUGAGAGCCGACAACCAGCUUUUCCAGCUGCACAUCUGGAGCUCUGACUCUGCACCUCUGAUCCAGAACAUGACGUCAGAGACCAACAUGAAGAUUGACAUGCAACAUCUCCGCAGAAACACCAAGUAUCAUGUCAAAGUGCGGGCGAUCCCCGUGAAGCUGCUGAAGGGUUUCUGGAGCGAGUGGAGUGACACGUUUACAUUUAUCACACCCACAGCAGCUGCAGGAGACUCAAACGACAGCUGGGAAAUGAGGUCUGUGCCAACACUGGGUCUUGUCCCCCUGGUGGCAGUGAUCAUCAGUGUCGUUUUCUUCUGGAAGAAAAAAAUCUUCUUGUACAUGUGGCCAAACAUCCCACAUCCUAAAGACACACUGGUGCACCUCUGCAAACCCAACCCACGCCACCUGUUGAACUUCAAACCGGAAGUGUUCAGUGUCCUCAGAGUUUCCCCGCUGCUACAGACAGAGAUCUUCCAAACUACUGACCCCGUCCACUCUGGGGGCUCCGCUUCUGACCAGGUACCAUCCACAGACCCUGUCCAGUCUGGGUCCUUCAGUUCUGUCCAAUCUGGGUCCUCGAGUCGAGCCGUCACUCUCUGCUCCACCCAGACAUCAGACUGCAGGAGUGCCACCAGCAUCAGCACAGAGGAGCUGGAGCUCACAGCCCUGCUGGGUCGAGGUUCCUCCGACAGUGAGGAGGACCUCCAGAGCACCAGUCCUUCACCGCUCCAUGUCAGUGAUGGAGCCGAGCACAGCAGUGGAGGUGGCCAGCAGGAGGAGGCCUACGUCACCAUGUCCAGUUUCUACCAGAGCAAGUAGAACCAGGGGGGUCAGACCUUAACCUCUGACCUCUCCGAUCAUGACCUUUAUGAAUGACUCCAGAUUUAUCCUGAGGAGCAGGAUGAACCACGUGAUGCAGUGACGUCAUUGUCCCAAGUACAAUCCAUGAGUUGUUGUAGCAUCAUUUUCAAAAAUGGAAGUACAUUUUUCAUAACGUGUGAUUUUAUUUGUAAAGUUUAUAAUUGCUCUUUCUCAUAU